AUGGAUACAACAAUAUUUUUGUUGGUGAUCUUGGCUGGAAUUAUCACUGGUAAACUUUCGAAAAUUUGUAACAAGAUAGAACAGGUCUUCUUGCGAAUAAAAUUCUCAACCUUAAUAAGUCAUCAAGUCAAUUUUUUUUUUGCAAAAUUGACUGAAGUCUUUGCAGCAAGUUUUGGGUGGAAAAAAGAUUUUUGUUGAAAGGUUGCGACAAAUAGAACGCAAAUUUUUCACUUUUUAAAAUUAAAAAAAUUAUCCAAAUUUCGGACCCGAACAUUUCUGCAAAGCGCAAUCAAAAAGGCUCAAAUUUAUCACAUCAAAAAUCUAAUUCGAUUUGAGUUUGUAGGAUGUCUUGAAAAAAAACUUUUUUGACGAUUUUUUUCAGGAAUUCUCUUGCCAUUUCUCUUCAUCCUCUUUUGUAUUUGUGUGGUUUGGCCCCGUUAUAAUGGACCUCCAUGCCCCAACGAUGGUGAAAACUUGAUACAUUCUGGUCAGAGGCAGGGUAAAUAUUAUUUUUACUCAAUUUUAAAGCUUUUAAAAAUUAUUUUUACCUUGAAUUUUAAAAAUUUCCAAUAAAAAAAAUAUUUUCAUUUUCAGACUGGGACAACUCCCCUUCCUCGGACUGUCAAAUUACCUCGCCUGGAGUGGAAGAAGGCUUAACAAGAUCGGAAACAGUAAGUAACUACAUGACAUUUGUCUGUAUCAUACAAGUAGUAAUUAAAUCUUCAUAUUGCAUUUUUUCACUAAUUUCGCUGCAGAACCCAAUUAUUACCAGUAAAAUGCCGUUGGAGAUCAAUCCUAUGACCAUAUCCACCUCGACCGAGAUGUAGAUCAUAUACAUAUAUAUAUUGCUUAAAAUCACCUUAAAAGUGAAAGUUCAGGGGAAAAGACUCGGGUAUUUUAUUCCAAACUUCAAAUGUCCAAAACAUCUUUGAAGUUCAUAUCAGAAAAUGUCCAAAACUAUGUAUUUUUUAUUGACGUCAAAUAAACUACUAUUUUGUCACGGAUUUUUAUACUUUUCUUGAGAAUAAAUAAAGAGUAUCCAAUAAUAAAUAGAAUACGGUAAAAGUUCCUUAUUCUGGCCGCAAUGUAUAAAAAAAUGUGAUUUCAUCCCAAAUUUGUAUUCGUUUCCGACUGUCCUCAAAUUUCCCAUUUUUCACGGCCAUACCGGCUUUCAACCGGUCGUUUUCCAUUCACGGAUUCCAUGAACUGACUGAGAUCUUCCUCUCCAACCACUGACUACUAUUUUCUUCCACUAAGUGAGUAAAAAAUUCGAAAAAUUUUUGCAAAGUCCUUAAAAAUCAUAUUUUUAAUUUACAGGGGAAGUACUCCAAGUGCGACGCUCAGAUUUUGAUGAAACUUGGCACAAAUUUAGAAUAAUGUUUUCUAAGAUAUAUGCGAGAAUCCUAGCUCGCGCUUUGCAGAAACAACCGAGAUUUUUAGAUCGAAAGUCGGCGAAAAUUCAGGACUUUUUGCCGAAUUUCGGCACGAAAAGUUUCAUGCCUAUUUCAACUGUAAAGGAUAAUGUUUCUACGAAAAAUCAAAUUUUUCCGCACGAAACUGCCAAAGUUAUGGCCAAAAAGCACUUUUCUCUCUGGCCGUUCUCCACGUUUAGCGUGCUCUCUCGACGGCAAAAAUCGUAAGAUAUCUCGGCGGCGCCCGCAAAGCGCGAGCUAAAACUUUCGGGAAUUGAUAUUUGAUCCAUACCCGACGUGUGUGCAAAAUUUAAAGAAAAUUUGAGCGUCGCACUUGGAGUACUUUCCCUGUUAGUUCAUAAUUUUGAUGACAAAACUAACAUUCCCUUCCAGCUAUGGCCGUUUUGUUGAUUUUGUUCUGGAAUCUGGCGUUGACGGGUUUCUGGUUCUCGGUGGCGGCCGCUGGCGUCAAAAGGACCCGGGAUUGGUGGAAACAAAGGGCUCUGGAGAAUCGGGAGGCAAAGAGCUCGGGAAAUGUUCAAGACAAGAAUGAGACGGGGUCGGUGGAAUAUGAAAAAGUGAAUCAAGAGAGUGGCACCAAAAUUCUCAAAAAGAAGGUCAGAGAGAGGUACGAUCUUUUCGGAUUUUGGAAAAAGUUCCUUAUUUUGGCCAUAACAAAGGUACUCCGCGAACUGCGCCCAAGCCUGGGCACUAAAGUUAGGAAAAACGCUUCGACCUAGCUGGCACUGAAUUACAAUAAUAGCUCUAUAGUUUUAAGGGUACCUACGAAGGCUGUGACGACUCAUUUAGUUCCAUACGGAGUCAAUAAGUUUAGUUCCGGACAUGUUUCACCGUAUAAAAUGUAAAAUCACAGGCUGCAGCCGUUUUUGAAGGGUAAGGUGGUACUGAAAAAAGAAGGUACUUCACUAACUAAAUUCACUGUCCGGGCAUUGACAACGAUGAAUUGAGUCUGCACGCUAAAUUUGGGCCAUUUCCGACCAGUUUCCGCAAAGUUAUAAGUUGUGGCCAAAAUACGGAACUUUUACCCGGAUUUUUACCGACCAUUUCAUUUUUUGGGUUUAUUGUUUAAUUUUCAGUGUAAAUGCCCCAAAUGCCCCCAAAACUCCAGACAACAGGGGCGGACGUAAGAGAUCCAGCGGAAACAGGAAGACGAAUCCGGCUCAAGACCAAUUGCCAAGCCUCAAGUCAUAA